AUGGAUCCUGCUGCUCCUGCUGCUGCUCCCCCUGGCCUGGCCCCGGCCCAAGCCCCCGUCCAGGCACAAAUCGGUGGACGAGAAGUUUCUGGAAAUGAAAGAGAAACACGUCUUUGGAGACCCUGGCUGCCCUCCACCAAUGACCAACCAAGGCAGGUGAGGAUGCCGGUGGACUCGGCUGCUGCUGGGGCGACAGCUGCGGAGGUCACCAAGGCCGAGUCUGGGUUCCGUCAUCCUGUCAGGCUCUUCUGGCCGAAAUCCCGCUCCUUUGACUACCUGUACAGUGCUGGGGAGAUGCUACUACAGAAUUUCCCCGUCCAGGCCACCAUCAACUUGUAUGAGGAUUCUGAUAGCGAGGAAGAUGGGGAGGAAAAGGAGGAGCAUGUAGAGGAAGAGGUCAAUGAAAUAGGGCCAGAAGGGUGUGCGGGGGUACCAGAGGCCACACCAAACAAGGCCACAGCUCAUUCCGCUGACCCACCCCUGACCUGUCCAAACUGA